AUGGACUCCAGCCCACGCCACCCCCCGACCCCACCACCACUACAACACCAACACCAACAACAACACCAACCUUUCAAACCCAUCACCAGAUCCGAAUCUACCAACCCGUAUCCGACCACCUUUGUCCAAGCCGACACCUUCUCUUUCAAACAAGUCGUCCAAAUGCUCACCGGAUCCUCCGAGACCUCCAGGCACGCCUCCUCACCCAAGCCCAUGACCAACAACAGUCCUGUACCCGACUCUCCGUCAAAGACCCACAUCCCACCUAUAAAAUCCAUCAUGCCCAAGAAGCAACAAUCCGGGUUCAAGCUUUACGAGCGCCAAAGUUCCCUCAAUAACCUCAAGAUCAACCCCUUGAUCCCUGUAUUCGCUCGCAACAAUUCUGGGUUCUCCCCCCGUAAGCCCGAGAUCCUCUCCCCUAGCAUUCUCGACUUCCCGGCGCUCACUCUCAGCCCCGUCACGUCGCUCAUACACGACCCCUUUGACCGAUCCGCUUACGUCUCCUUCCAAAGCAACAUUAAUGCCAAUGUCAAUGCUAUGUUAGACAAGGAGGCUGAGGAAAAAGCAAUCAAAGAGAAGGGUUUUUACCUGCACCCCUCUCCGGCGACGACGCCGAGGGAAUCCGAGCCACGAUUUUCUCUCGGUAGCCUCUCUCUUCUCCCUCAAGGCAUGGCUCUCUGUUAUAGUCGACGGUUUGAGAAGAAAGGUUGAGUCUUGGAGGUUUCGGGAAGGAACAAGACACUGAGACGAUAUGAGGUUGUAUCAAACAAUUAGAGGCCUCAAAUGAAUCAGCAAAUAAAAAAAAGGAUGA